AUGUCGACGGAGUUCUUCGCCUCGAGCGCGACAUCCACAGGUCCGGCCUUCUGUCCGCACUGCGGUACCAUCUUGGACCACCCGGACACAAACAGCAUCGUGUGCUCCGCGUGUGAAUACCGUUGCCGCUAUCAAGAUCUGCCGUCGCUGACAGUGGUGACCCGUAGCGAGGACAAGCCGACACCCAAGUGGCUGGAUGCUGAGAAGGUCAUGAGCGAAGUCACGGGCCCCGCCCGCGCCACGGUGGAGGAGACAUGCCCCAAGUGCGGCAACCCGGAGAUGGACUACUACACGCUACAGCUCCGUUCGGCCGACGAGGGCCAGACGGUCUUCUACGAGUGUAAGAAGUGCGGCCACAAGUUCUCAGUGAACAACUAA